AUGAAACGGUCAUAAACACUGAUAAUGUUAAUCUAACAGUAUACAUUACCGUUACAUAAAACUUAGAAACUUUACUUUUUUGUAUUGAAAUAAAAAUUCAAAUAAACCAAUAUUAUAUGAAGUGAUACAUCUUUAAACGUAAUUAUAGUUUAUAGUUAGCCAUUUCAUUCCGGGUAGGGUGUAAUACGGACAGUGAUUAUUAUUUACUAUCAAGUAUAGACUCUAACAGGUUUCGCUAUAUCGGGUUUGUUUUCUUUUCAAGUUAUAUAAUAAAACAAAACUUCAGGAUAUGAAAGUAAAUAAUUCGACAGACAACGUGUUGUAAAUCUUCAGUUAAAUAACCUUUUUUUUAAAAAAAAAAAUCCCGUGACAAUUGUCGAAUGGGAAGAUAUUUUUGAUACAUUGUUCAAGUGAACUGUUGAUUUGAGUGACAGGAAAGUGUUUUAAAGACAUACGUUGUGAUAGAAAAUAACAGGGUGGAUCAUAAUGGCUCAGACUGAUUGGGUUGUUUAUGGAAGUCCGUUGUGGCAUAAAGAUACUGUUCAAGAAAAUGUCAAAGACCUUCCAGGGCCAAAAGAACUUAUAACGCUUGAAAACAAGUUUGUGAACGAUGCUAUACGAACCACGGUGUACUAUUACCCCAGGAAAAAGCCAAUCAUCCCGGUGUACAGUGCCAGACAGGACAAGUGUGCCAAAGCCUAUUUCCAGUCACCACUUGUCAAAAGUUUACUCAAGAGAGAAAGAAUGUCAGAUGAUGAGAUGAAGACAAGAGAGAUGUUAAAAGAGGAGAAAAAUAUAAAUAAGUUAUCACACAGAAACCGAAUUCAAAGAACACCCAGCAUACAGGACAUCCGGGCAAGAGAAACUAAAUUCACAAACGACGCAAUUGUAACAGAAAAAAGACGAACAAGGUUCAAAGAUAUAAUCCCCCAAUACGACGCCUCCUCAGACCGCCAUUGUAAAGCCUACUUCAAGAGAAAAGAUGUUCAACAAUUACUAAAUGUUACCCGAUCAGCAGAAGAAAAUAAGAUGGAAAAUUAUUGGAAUAGAAAAAUGACUAUAGCCAAACGCUACAGCCUGUUUGGUAGAGAAAAUGCACUACCCCAGCCGGAAGUGUGACUCCAGGAGUAACUCCGUCCAUACGAACACCAAGACAGACGCCAGGAGCGACCCCUUUUUGAACAGAAUGACAGACGACAGAUCAAAAUCCGCUAAGCGACAUAAUAAAUUAUAUC